AUGCCUUCAUCGCUCACACUUCCAAUAAUUGAUAUAUCUGCAUUCACCACUUCCCCCAAAAAUAAUGAUAAAAUUCGGCGAGAAUUGAAGAUCAAAACUGCUCAAAAAAUUCAUGAAGCAUGCCGUGAUGUUGGAUUUUUCUAUUUGACUGGACAUAAUGUGCCUCAAGAGAUUUGUGAACAAGUUUUGAAAUUGGCAAACGAAUUUUUUCAUUUGGAAGAUGCAGAAAAAAUGAAAUUGAGUAUCCUUAAUGAAGAUAUGGCUAGGGGAUAUCAAAGACUCGGAGAGAAUGUUACUAAAUACCAAAAAGAUUGGCAUGAGGCUCUCGAUUAUUAUAAACCAAUUACUCGCGAUCAUUAUCUCGCCAAGAAUAAUCUUCCACUUCGAGGAAAAAACCAAUGGCCAACAAAUCCACUAGAGUUCAAAGAAGUUUUUGAGAAAUACGUUAACUACAUGAUAAAUUUGGGUGAAAAGGUUAUGAGCGCAAUUGCAUUAGGUCUUGGGUUGGAAGAGAAUUUUUUUGAGAAAUUUUUGGACGAUCCUUUUUGGGUCAUGAGAGUGAUUGGUUAUCCUCCGCUCGAUAGUUCUGAAGGUACGGAUCGCGUAGGUGUUAGUUGCGGCGAACACACGGAUUACGGUUGCUUGACCUUUCUUAAUCAGGACAACACAAGAGAAGCCCUUCAAGUACAAACAAAAGAAGGUGAAUGGAUUUAUGCCAAUCCAAUUCCUGGUUCGUUCAUCGUUAACAUCGGCGAUAUGUUAAAUGUUUGGACGAAUGAUGUAUAUCGAAGUACUUUACACAGGGUGAUUCAUAAAGGGAAUAGUUAUCGCGUUUCUGUUCCAUUCUUUUAUGAACCAAAUUUUGAUGCAAAAAUUGAACCACUCAAGCGAUGUCUAGAAAUCAAUCCUGUUAAACGCUAUGAUUCCGUUAUCUACGGAGAACAUUUGCUAAAAAAGGUCUCCGGAAAUUUUGAAAUUGUGGAUAAACAAGCUUCAUAA